CCAGUUCCUCAGCAAAACCAAGACGUCUUCGGAACUUACUGGUGUGCUUACCGCCCCGUACUCUGAGCUAGAACGCAACGUUUGGUACUUCUGUACUGUAACCCACACACCAAACAACCGACUCCCCAUACUACACAAUGACUAAGUUCAUCUGUAUCGCACUGGUGCUGGUUUGCAUCGCGGUUUCCGCACAGGCCCAGUUCCGAACGAACGUGCAGUGCACCUCGUUCAACGAGUGCGUCUGCAAGCUGCCCACGAUUAUUGGUGCAGUGGCGGGUCGUGCUGCAACCGCUAACAUCCGCAACCCGGCCAACGGUGAGACGUACGUGCUGGACCUUUCCAGACCAUCGCAGGCCGUUACCGACUACUGCAACCAGCUGAAACAGGGACUUAAACCCGCCGUACCGUUCCGGGCAGUGAAUGCUUCCAAACUUGCCCAGGUUCAAGCUCUUCUGGCCCAACGUUUAGCUUCGAUGAGAGGUUAACAUUGGGGAACGGGGAUCAAGAUCUUGCUCGGCAAACAAUCGCACCUGUAUUACUGGAACACAUACGCUGGAACGAAAUACGCUACUACAUCAGCAAACACCAUAUCACCACUGAUCAUUGCCAAACCAUCGGCUAAGGUUAAUUAUUUCUAAUAAAGGAAUACCAUUGGCAUGGAUUCUUGAUUUAAAAAACGAUA